AUGUUCUAUUUUGCAAGACAGCAUCAGCUCUGUUUUUUAAAUAAAAUGUGCAGUGAUCUAGAUUUGAGAUCUAAAUUGUUCCUUGGAAUGCUCUGGUCAAUUUCUGCUAUACUUUUUCUGUUUGCAGUACUGGAUAAUUAUCUUGACAGUUAUCAUUGUCAUAAUUACCCUAAUAACAACUCUGUCAGUGUUGUGGAUUUUCUUGUGUCAUUCCUAGCUUGGAGAAUGCUUGUGAAAGUAAAGUACAGAGAAAAGCAGAAAUAUGUCAAGGUUACUAACAGUGAUGGGACCUGUGACUACCAGCAGUUCCACCAAGCAGAUUCUUCUGGGACAGAAGUGGACCUGGACAUCUUUUCUGAACUGUUGAAGAAGGGGGAGGAUUUGUUCAAGGUGUUUGUGAAUGAUAUCCGUGUGAGACUCCAAACAAGAAAAUUAGAAGGGAUGACCAGAGUCACAGAGAAGCAGUCAAAAAUAAAGCCAGGGGGGGAAAAGAUUUUUCAAGAGUACACUAAAACUAAGUCACUGUCAGAUGGAACCAGGAGACAGCUUGUGAAUAUCUUGGUUGCUGACAUGGUGGAGGUGCAUGGAUGGUCAAUAAAGCUUGACGGCUGGAUCAGGAUCGGUGAUUAA